GGUUAUACUCAUGCUAGUAGUACUAGUAGUCAGGGCAUUAACAAUGAUGGGCUACAAGGUCCCAGAGGUGAAGGCCUGGAAAAUUUUGUUGCUACUACCAAUUUUAGUGUGGUUCCGUCGUGGCAAAGAUUCAAUGAUAACAAUAGCUACGGUAACAAUCAAUUGUGCCAAGAGACUCCCUCUGGUUCCACAGGAUCUUUGGAAACAUACAAGCAAACAAGUCAGAGUAAUGAUAAUUCUAAUUGGGCUGGUGGCUUGAGCAAUUUUUCUGCUGAGAAUAAUUUUCAGCUGUUUAAUCAUCUCAAGGCUCUGCAAAAUGAGCAGCCAACUCAAUACCCAACUGGUCAUUACAGCAGUCAAAAUGCAGCUGCUGUUCCCCAACCCUUAUUUUCUAAUGCUCACAUCUCUUAUACACCAAGUGAGGGAAGGUCAUCUGCAGGUCGGCCUCCUCAUGCUUUAGUUACUUUUGGGUUUGGGGGGAAGCUUGUAGUUAUGAAAGAUAAUAAUAUUGGUGGGUUUUCAGCACUUGGAAGCAAGGAUAGUGAUGGAUGCUUCUUAUCUGUGCUCAAUUUGAUGGAAGUUGUGAGUUUGAGCAAGGAUCCAUCUUGUUCUGAGACAAGUGCUUAUAGCUACUUCCAUCUUUGUAAUCAGUCCUUUCCUGGUCCUUUAAUUGGUAAUGUGGGAAGCAAAGAUAUGAAUAAAUGGAUUGAUGACAAGAUAUCAAACAGUGAAUCUCUGGAAAUGAAUUAUGGUAAACGUCAAGGUUCGAAAUUGCUUCUUUCAUUGCUAAAAAUUGCUUGUCAACACUAUGGAAAACUUCGAUCCUUUGGCGGGGAUACUGGGCUGAAGGAAAAUGACCUUCCCGAAUCAGCCGUUGCCAAACUCUUCGCAUCUUCCAAGAGGAGUGAUGGCCAGUUUAAUGUUUAUAAUGCAAUUUCUAAUUGUUUGAUGACCUUGCCUUCUGAAGCACAAAUUCAGACUACUGCUACUGAGGUACAAAACCUUCUGAUAUCUGGUAGAAAGAAGGAGGCUUUGCAACGAGCUCAAGACGGUCACCUCUGGGGAUUUGCUCUAAUUCUUGCCCGAGAACUUGGGGAUCAGCUUUAUGCUGAUACCGUGAAGAAAAUGGCAGUUAGCCAGUUAGUGGUUGGCUCACCUUUGAGAACUUUGUGCCUUUUGAUAGCAAGAAAACCUGAAGAGGUUUUCUGUAACAGCACGAUGCCUGCUAAUGACGUGUAUGAAGCAGUAAAUAUGUUGCCACAGUCUAUGCAGAAUGCAGGUUUUAGCAUGCUGGAGAACUGGGAGGAAAAUUUGGCUGUAAUAACUGCAAAUAGAACUGAGAAUGAUCAUCUUGUGAUUAUCCAUCUUGGAGAUUGUCUACUGAAGGAAAAACAUGAUGUUACUGCUGCACAUAUCUGCUACUUGGUUGCAGAGGCUGGAUUUGAGCAGUAUUCAGAUAGUGCAAGAUUGUGUCUCAUUGGUGCAGACCACUGGAACUUCCCAAGGACGUAUGCUAGUCCUGAGGCAAUUCAGAUGACAGAGCUUUAUGAAUAUGCAAAGGUUCUUGGGAAUUCUCAGUUUCUCCUGCUUCAACUGCAGCCAUACAAACUUAUAUAUGCGCACAUACUGGCUGAGGUUGGAAGGAUUUCGGAUUCAUUAAAAUACUGUCAAGCUGUUUACAAAUCUCUUAUUGGACGAUCACCGGAGGCAGAUACAUUGAAACAGUUGUUGUCAUCUCUUGAAGAGAGGAUUAGGACUCACCAGCAGAGUGGAUAUGCAGGUAACUUAGCUCCAGCAAAGAUAGUGGGUAAAUUGCUGAACUUUAUUGAUAAUACUGCUCAUCGUGUUGUUGGAGGACUUCCGCCACCUGGUCCUUCGUCUUUAACACAAAGUAGUUAUCAAGGCAGUGAAAAUCAAUUUCAGACACUGGGCCCUAAGGUGACUGGUAGUCAAUCAAUCAUGGGUGUCUCAUCACUGACACCAUUAGCAUCCACGAAUGUAACGGGCAGUCAAUCAACCAUGGGUCUGUCGUCACUGACUCCAUCAGCAUCCAUGGAGCCCAUAAGCCAGUGGGCAGUAGAUGAAAGUAAAAUGACAUUGCAAACUAGAAGCAUUUCUGAGCCAGAUAUUGGUAAAACUAAGCCGGAUCAGGUUGAUUCUUCAAAUGAAGCAACUUCUUCCAGUACAGUGGUAAAACAAUCUGGUUCAGCAGGAACAUCUCGCUUUGGUCGUUUUAACUUUGGUGCUCAGAUCUUGCAAAAGACUGUUGGAUUGGUCUUAAAGCCUCUUCAAGGCCGCCAGGCUAAGUUGGGGGACACAAAUAAAUUCUAUUACGACGAAAAGCUAAAGAGGUGGGUGGAGGAAGGUGCUGAACCAACUCCUGAAGAAUCUGCUCUGCCACCACCACCGACUGCUGCCUUCCAAAAUGGAAGGUCAGACUAUAACUUGAAGAAUGCUUUGAAUGAUGGAAUGCAUGCCAUUAAUGGUGAUCCACCUAGUAGUAGUUCAACCCCUGAAAGCAGCCCUGCUAUACCAUCUAUGCCUAGCUCAAAUCAAUUUUCAGCACGCAGUCGGAUGGGUGUACGAUCAAGGUAUGUGGAUACCUUCAACAAGGGUGGCGGGGCCUCUACAAAUUUGUUCCAGGCACCAUCUGUACCAUCAGCUAAACCUGCUAAUCUCACUGGCACCAAGUUUUUCAUUCCCAUGGCUGCACCGACAAAUGAACAGCCUUCAGGCACUGAUUCUGGAAGCGGAAAUGAAAUUUCUCUAAGUGGAGAAAAUUCUUCUAGUGAUCCUUUCCAAAACCUAGCACCUGCACCCAUUGGAACAAUGCAGAGGUUUUCUAGUGUUGAUACCUUACCUAGCAAGGGUGCAAUGGACAGUGGGAUAAGCUCUCUUGCACCUCAAUCUCGUCGUACAGCUUCAUGGAGUGCAGUUCAAAGCGAUACAUUCUCUCCGCCUUCAACAAGUGAGAUUAAAGCUUCCCCACUUUCGUCUAUGCCUGGUGAUCAGUUGCUGGGUAAUCUGCACAUGGAUAGAGACAAUUCUGGGGAUGACCUCCAGGAGGUUGAACUUUGAACUGGGCUGCUGUAAAUAUCAAGUUUUGCAUUUUAUAAUUAGUAUGAAAAACUCGAUUAGAAAUUAUCAAGGCCAAAGCUACCGAAGCCCAGCGAAGUGGAGCUUCAAGUUCUAGAUACAGAAACUUCCUUUUUCUUCACUCUUUGCCAUCUGCAAAUAUGUCAGAAAUUUGAUAAUCUUAUUAUUGUACUAAUUACUAAUUAGAGGUAGGAUGUUGUAGCCGUUAGAUGGACAUACUACAUGGGCAAAAAUGAGUUGGAGCACCUUGUACAGUUCCAUUUUGUUAGGUUCAUUUGAAAUGUACUAUAGUGAACAGUUAAAAGGUGGAUAGAAGGGAAAGAUGUCAAGGCGAGAUUCAAUAAUGUAACGAAAUUUUUCAUGUUUCAUAUUGCUGCAAAUAAUUGACUUCA